AUGUUGCUGCGCUGGUUUUUUCUGGCAUCCAUAACCGUGGUGAUAUUUCCACAGGAACCUAUUGGCUUCCGACCUCCUCCUUCACAAUUCAAUCAACCGUUUCCUUUGCUUGAUCCAGUUUACUGGUCGAGACCACUUGGACCACCAGCACCAAUCGAGGAGCAAGAUAUUCCAACCAGAAUUACUACAAAACCUCCUGCAACAGUGUUUCCACCAGCACCACAAAUUCAUAUCCCCGAUAUUUUGACAUUUGUACCACAAAGUUUGUCGGAUGGUCUCAUCAAAGUUGAUUCAUUCAUGAAUCUCACUGAUAAUGAUAGACGAAAAAUGUUGAAAACUUGUUCUCAAGUGAUCAACUGUCGUAAACAGGAUGAAAUAUCAAAAAAAAAAAAAAAAAUCGUCGAAAAUCGCGAGACGUCUAUAGCGAAAUUGGUAACUCCUGAGAACAAAGGCUUACAAAAAUCAGUUAGACGUCGGCUUUAUCGUAUGCGACAGGUUAAACAAGCUUUGCUUCAUCUUGCUGGAAUCGGUGAUCGAAUGUGA